UAAGUUCGUUGUAGCACUAGCAGUAUUUUGUAGAAACACCACUUAUAAAUAGCACCAAAAGCAAAGGACUUAAAAUGAGUACAAAGACAUAAAAAAAUAUGGCUGGAACAUUGGGUAAGUUCAUAGCAUUGGGUAAAGGAGGGAAAUACUUGCAAUAUGUAUUAGAAGAUGGAGAGUUGCACAGUCGUAUGCAACUCUCAGCAAAUGAGGUAAUAAGUGAGCGAUCAUUCACAAAGUUGGAAGUGAUGAGUGGUGAAACAAGUUGGCAGGAAAGACAUUUAGUACACCUAAGAAGCUCCUACAACAACAAGUUCUUGGUGUUAGCGUCUGAGGGUAAUACAUGGGUUGUGGCCGGAGCAGAUGAGCCUGAGACAGAUCAAUCUAAAUGGUCUUGCACGUUGUUCAGGGUUGUCAUCGAUGAUAACCACUUGCGCCUUUCUCUCCUGUCGGCAAACGUUGAGUAUGGUGUCGAGAUCACACAACCAGAACAAUGCCUCUCCAUAGUGACAGAUUCAACAUCGGAACCAACAUUGUUCGACAUUACAGACUUGGACUCCCUAGUCAUGUUGCCUAAGUACGUAGCAUUCAAGGGCGACAAUGGCAAGUAUCUAGCUGCACGCCCUAUCAAAGGCCAUAAGUGGCUCAAAUACGACUCGACGAACCCACUGGAGAGGAGGGUGCACCAUGAGUGUAUCACCCUACCAAAUGGUGAUGUACGCCUCAAAUCGUACACAUAUAAUUUUUGGAAAAGGCAGGGGGAUGACUGGAUAAUGUGCUCGUCUGAUGAGCCUGUCACUAACAAAAACACAUUGUUUCGUCCAGUGAGGCAAGAUAACCAAGGCAAUACCAUUGCUCUAAAAAACCUCGGAAACAAUAAGUACUGUAACAGGCAUCGUGCAACUAAUAGACCAAGAAAAAAGGGUACUCUUAGAGCAACAGCCUCCACAGUAGUUCCGAGGGCUGUGAUGCAGGUGGAGGAAAUCGUCAAGGAACGAGAGAUAUACGAUGUGGACUACAGGGUAGAGGAUGCCAGGAUAUAUGAUGUGGGUCUGGCAAAUAAUAUCAGAAAAUCUGCUAAUAACUUGUCAGAAACAAAUGAAGCUACUGCUACCUUGACUUUCACCUACACAAAAAUGACACGAGAGACCUUCUCUUCAUCUCAUUCAUGGAAGGUUAAAGUGUCAAUUCAAAUGAAGGCGCGGAUCCCUGUAUUAGUAAAGGGUACAAUUCGUUUGGAUGCAUCUUAUGAAGGGUCUACAGCAUGGUCAAAGACGAAAGAAACAACCGAAGAAAUAAGCUCCUCUGUCAGGGUGGUUUUACCACCAAGGACAACAACAACUAUCACUAUGCUGAUUGGAAGAGGCUCAAUUGAUGUCCCUUAUUCCUACACUCAACGUGACAUUCUUUAUGAUGGUAGGGUUGUCAAAAACAGAAUGCAUGAUGGAAUUUUCUCUGGCCUUAACACUGAGAUGAUUGAUUAUACCAUUGAAGAAGAAAUCCUCUCUGAUUCUCAACUCUUAUCGUUGCAGGCAGAGGCGGCAAGAUCAGCCAUGUCCAAGCUUUAACAUACUACAUUGCUAGUACCUAUAUGCCUGCAGCCUGCCUAUAUAUGUAUAUGCUCCCUAUGCCAUACAUACUAGUUACUCCAUAUUUGUGUAUUUGUGUUAGUCUUUGUGUUUGUCAAUGUUGUAUUAUUCCUAAUUAAUAAGGCUGCCCACAAUGAUCUAGCGACUAUGUAUAGCUAGAGAGUGGCCCUGAGUGUUUUUUUUUUUUUUUUUUUUUUUUGCUGUUUUUUCUUUUCUAUCUGUGUGUGUGAAUGUGUGUUUGCCAUAAGAAUUUACUGUUGUGUUGUUUUUGA